AUGGGGAACAACAUCGCCAAGCUCGCGCAGGAUGAUUACUGGGAUGCCGUCAAGAAUCAUAUUCUCAUGCGCACUGUGGACGACGUGAAUGCGACGGCCGGCGUGCUCGAAUGGACCGCACUGUGUUUCGCCAGCUGGAAGGGUCAAGUAGAGAUCGCGUCGCUCUUGUUGCGGUAUCGAGGCAUCAAUAUCAACAAAGCCAACCUGGAUGGCAACACCCCCCUCCACGAAGCCGCCAAGCACAGCCAUCUUGACAUCGUAAUUAUGCUCAUGAACGAAGGAGCCAAUCCCCACAUCACAAACAACGAAGGACAGAAACCACUGGACCUGGCGUCGGACAACGACAUCACAUACUUUCUUGGCAUUUGCAUGCUGCCCGUGGCCGUGUGCGCCGAGCGAUGCGAAUGGUUUGAAGUGAAGCGGCGCAUCAACGCACGACAGAUCAGCGACAUCAACGCUCCAUUUGGCGAGAACGGAUGGUCGUUGCUCACGUAUGCAACGAUGCAUGGCCAAGUGGACGUCGUGACGCUGCUUCUGCGAUACAAGCACAUUGAUGUGAACUAUGCAAAUCGCUCGGACGGCACAACCGCAUUGCAUGAAGCGGCGACGCGAGAUAAUAUCGAGCUGCUAAAGCUACUGCUGUCGGCGGGUGCCGACACAUCCCAGCGCAACGCGGCCGGGCUGGUGGCCCAUGACGUUGCCAAGUCUCCCGAGGCUCAGAACAUGCUCAUCGAGAGCACUGUCGCGGGCUAUGGUGCCUCCACCGACGUGAAAACGUGCGCCCACUGCACGUAUGUGAACCACGUGACGCAGACUGUGUGCCAAAUGUGCGGGAUCGAGUUGCACCCCGUGGGCAAGACGAGCAACGUGGACGAACUGCUCGAGCGCAUCCAGGCGCUGGAGGAAGCGACGUUGUGUGUGAUUUGCGAGGAACACGUUAAAGACACAGUGUUUGGAUGUGGCCAUGAGACGUGCACGACGUGCACCGCCAAAUUGACCGAGUGUCCCCAGUGCCGCAUCCCCAUCGCCACGCGGAUUCGUCGUUAUGUCUAA